AUGGGGACAAUGCUUGGGGGAGGAUGCAUUGGCAACGACCAGGAACAGAUAGAGUGUAACAUUAAACCAUGUGACACAGUUGUUCUGUUCUAUGCGCACGGUCCUAAAGCCAUGUCUAUAUCUUUUGCUGAAACUAUAGUGUAUGGAUCGCUUACCAUUGAUUACGGGGGAGGUUACAAUUCAGCAAAUGGUGUGUUUACCGCUCCGCACGAGGGUUUGUAUUUGUUUACAUCGCAAGUUUGUAUACAGCCUGGACACUACGCUUACACGGGAAUAACUAAAGAGGGGGUUGUUUUUCAGGCGUCAUUGGUGGGACUUAAUAAUGACUACACAUGCAGCAGUAUGCAAGCUGCCAUAAAUAUGCGUGUUGGGGAAAAAGUCUGGGUCCAUGCAACAAAUUCUUCCAAAAUUUACGAAAGCAGGGAAUCGAAAUGUAGUUUUAGUGGGAUGUUAAUAAAACCCUGA